AUGAAUGAUAUUUGUUACCCCUAUAAUUGUAGUAUUACCUAUAUAAAUAGUAAUGGUGUUAUAAGCACAAGAGAUAUUAAAGAGUACGAUGGUGAAGAGAUAAACGAAAUUAUAAAUGAUCACGAUAAUAACAAUAAUAAUAACAACAACAAUAAUAAUAAUAGUAAUAGUAAUUUUGUUUUUUGUGAAAAUGAUUUAGAUAAUAUUAAAAGCAUUGUUAUAAACUUGAAACCUUUUCAUAAAGAUUAUGAAGAUAAUAUAAUAUUUAAGAUUAAAAAGAAAAAUGAAAAAUAUGCUUGUGAGUGGGUUGUAUUUAUAAAAACGUCAGUUGAGGAAAUAAAAAAUAAAGUUUGUAAUAAACACACAUCAGAAGAUAUAGAUAUAAAUAAUAUUGAGGAAAAAAUAUUUCCAUGUAAAGAUAUUAAAGAGAUUAUGUUAAAGUAUGUUUAUUGUACCACAUUUUUUGAUAACUAUAUCUUAAGUAUAAAAAAUGAACUUGAGAAAUAUGGUUUAGAUAUAAAUAUAUCUAUUGAUGAUUAUAUAAGAGUACCUAAGGAUUUAUGUAAGUAUAAAUAUGAUAAUUUUUUAUCGUCAUAUAAAAAAAAUGUAGCAACCCAAAACAAUCAUGAUGUCUAUAAUGACAAUAAUAUUGGGUAUAAGAAGCUAAGUGAAAAUGAUCAUAAUAAAAUGAACAUAGUGAAUAAUAUGAAUAGUAAAAAUAAUAAUUUUGUAAAUUAUACAAUGAAUAUUAAAUAUAAUGACAACACAAAAGGUAGUCUUAGCAAUAAUUUUAAUUCUAAAGUGAAUGAUACUACUUAUAGGAAUACCAAAGGUAAUAAUAAUAAUAAUACAAAUGAUGAUAAUAAAAAUGAUGUAAAUAAAAAUGAUGUAAAUAAAAAUGAUGUAAAUAAAAAUGAUGUAAAUAAAAAUGAUGUAAAUAAAAAUGAUGUAAAUAAAAAUGAUGUAAAUAAAAAUGAUGAUAAUACAAACGAUGUUAAUACAAAUAAUAUUAAUACCUAUGAUAAUACAUAUAAUCAGACGGCACCUAAUUAUUCUUAUAAUACUAAUAAAUAUGACUCAAAAUAUAAUAACAUACAUAAUAAAAUAAAACGUUCAAAAAGAAUAAACAAUGAUGAAGAGGGAGAUGAAGAUGAUUUUUUAGGUGAAAUUUUAUCAUUAAAACAUUUUAAUGAGGAUACAAUAAAUUUAUCAAAUAAUUUAAAAAACAAUAAAUAUGACCUAUAUAAUGAUAAUAAUAAUAAUAAUAAUAAUAAUAAUAAUAAUAAUAAUAAUAAUAAAAAUAAUAGUAAUAAUAAUUAUGAAAAAUAUUAUAAUUACAAAUUAAAUAAUAAUUUAUUUAAAUCCGAUGUAAAUCAGAAUUAUUCCUCACGUUUAAAUAUAAAUAAGAAUUUUCCAAAAAAUUUUAAUAAUAAAAAGAUUUUUACAAAUAUGAGCCAAGAAGAAGAUGAUAAACAAGCAUCAACAGUAAAUAUUUCUAGUGAUGAUAAUGAUGAUGAAUAUAAUAAUUAUUUUUAUUCAAGUAAAAAAACUGAGAGUGAUAUUAAAGUAUAUCAUAAUGUAAGAAAGGAUUUUUAUAUUUUAAAUACAAAAAAUAAGAGUUCGAACUUUUCGAAUUCUGAAAAAAAUAAUAUCAUGAGAAAAAAUUUAAUUCAAUUUUUAAAAGAAAAUCGUAAUAAAGUAAAAUCAUCAAGAAGUGAUUAUAGUGAAGAUAAUAAUUUAUUAAAUAAUCCAUAUGAUAAUAAAACCAGAAAAAUUAAUCAAACAUGUAAUAAAAAUUUAUCCUAUAGUGGGAAUAUGACAUUUAAGGAAAAUAUAUCGUUUGAUAAAAAUAAUAAAUUAUAUAAUAAAAAUAUUUCAUUCAAUGAAAAAGCGUAUAAUAAUAGUAAUAAAAAUUUAUCGAAUAAUGUAAUUCAUUUUUAUGAAAAAAGAAAUUAUAGUAAUAAUGAUAUACAUGAUUUUAUUAAUAUGAACAAAGAUGAUAGUAAUAAUAAUAUUAACAAUAAUAAUAAUAAUAAUAAUAAUAUAGAAAAAAAUAUAAUGAGAAAUACGCAAAAACAUGUAUCCAUUCCCGUUUUUAGACACUCAUUUUUAAAUGAAAAUAUAUCUAAGCCAGAUUCAUUUCGAAAUAUAUAUCUUACAGAUUCUAACAGCAAAUAUCCAUGGAAUGAUUUAUCAAAUGCUUCCAUCGAAUGCUUAGAAAAUGAUAAAUCAAAUAAUAAUAAAAUUGUAAAAUCAAAAAAUAAUAAAAUUAUAAGACCCAAUUAUAUAAAUGAUGAAAAUGAACAUCAUACAACGAAAACUUGUGUAAAAGGUUCUACAAAAAAUAAUGAUCAAAAUAUAGAAAGUAAUAUAAUAGAUAAUCAAUAUGUAAAUGAUAAAAUGUUGAUGCUAAGAAAUAACUUUCAUAUGGAUAAUAAUAUACAUAACAGGAGUAAUAGUAGUAAUUUAACAUUUGGUAACAUGGUACGUCAAAAAAAAGAAGAUUAUUUAUUAAAUAGUAAAAGAAAUGAUUUAUAUGAAAAGCAAACAUUUUCAAUUAGUAAUAUAAAUGAAAAGACAAAAAUAAAUAUAAAUAAAGAAAAAAAUGAUAAUAAAAAUAAUUUAGAAUCCCAUUAUGAAUAUUUAAGUAAUGAAAUUCUGAAAUUUAUGAUUAAAUAUAAUGAAAGUUCAAAAAAUUUUAAAAUGGAUGUAAAUGAAAUAGAUACAGAACUUUUAAGUACUAGCAUAAAAAAAUUUGUUCGAAAUUUAACAGAAAAAGAAAUGAAUCAAUUAUUAUGUAACAAGGAUUAUAUUUUUUCAAAAAUUAUUAUGGAAAGUUUAGAAAAUAACGAAGUCAAUAAAAAUGAUACAAAUGUUACAUGUGAUAAUAAAACUAUGACAGAUGAUGAAUAUAAUAUAGAUAAGAAUAAUACAGAUAUAAAAAAAAAUACAGACCCUAGUCAUAAGAAUGAUAAUAUAAAACAUGAUUUACAAUUAUGUGGUAGUAAAACCAUGUCCAAUUUUUAUAAAGAGGGAAACACAAAUGAUAUUGAUACAUCACGUAAUAAUAAAUCGUGUGAAAAUAAUUCUAAUAAUAUUUACACAAAUGUAUCAAAAAAUAUGAAUAAGGACCAAAUUUUUAAUAAUAAUGUUAAGAAGAAUAAUACAUUUAAUGUUAAUAUUAAUAAAAAUGCACCAAAUAAUAUGAGCAACAACAACAAUAAUAAUAAUAAUAAUAAUAAUGUAACGAGUUGUAUAAAUAAUAAUGGAAAAAAUAAAAUGAGAUCAUUGAAAUUGUCAAAUGAUAAUGUCAGUAUGCUGUAUAAUUAUUACUUAGAUAUAUGCAGAGAUAAUAAGUCACAAUUAGAAAAAAAAAUACAAGAUGAUAAUAAGAUCAAUGAAAAGAUUACAAAUGAAAAUCUUAUGGAAAAUGUAAAGGACGUAAUUAAAAAGGAAGACAAUACACAUAUAAAUGAUACAAAUGAUACAAACGAUACAAAAAGUAAUAAUAAUAAUAAUAAUAAUAAUAAUAGUAGUAGUAGUAAUAAUAAUCACGUGGAUAAGUUGAAAAACGUAACAUAUGAUCUUAAUACUAUCUCGUCGACUAAAAGAAAAAAUUUUAAAGAACAUAUAAAUUAUUUUUUCAAUGAUUGCUUUAAAAAUUUUAAAAACUUAAAUGAUAAAAUUAAACACAAAAAAAUUUCCGAAAAUGUUGCUAAUACGAAUAAUGAUAAAAAAGAAGAAAAUAAUGGUAACUUGAAUGAAAAACAUAAAGAACAAAAUAUUGAUAAUGUAUUGAAUACUAGAAAAGUACCAUUUGAUGGUCAUAUAUUAGAUGAACAGACCUCGUGUAAUGAUAAAGAUGAUGAUAAUUUAGAAAGUGAAAAAAAGACAUUUAACAAAUGUACAAGUGUAACAAAGAACGAAUCUAAUAAUAUGAUAUUAAGAGGUGAUAAAAAUAAUGAUAUCAUAAAAAAAAUGAGAACUAAUGAUCAUACAGACAGAAUGACAUUUGAACAUUUUAAUAAUAAGAUAAAUAAUAUAAUUAAUAAAUAUGAAUAUAAACAAUGUCUUAAUAAAUAUGAAAGACAGUUAAUUAAAUUUGUACAGACGUUUAAGAAUACUAAACAAGAUCAUAUAUCUUCACAAAUAUAUAAUGAUCAUAAUGAUAAAAAUGAUAUAAUAAAGUACAAAUAUGAUGAAGAGAAUAUAUUAAAAGCAAUUUUAAAGAAUAUGAUGUGGGAAAAGUCAAAUAUGAAUAGUAAUAAUAAUAAUAAUAAUAAUAACAAUUCUUCAAGUAAUGAAUCGUUCUUUUCAUUUAAUAAUAGUAUUAAAGAUAUCGAUGAUAAUUUUGUUGAAAAUGCUGAUGAUAUUAUAUAUGGUAAUAUUGACCAUAAUAAUAAUAUUAAAAGGUCGUAUGGUUCUAAUAAUAUAUAUGAUUAUAAUAAUCAUGAUAGUAGUAGUGGAAGCUGUAUUAAAAUAUCGAGUGAUAAAAUGAUAAGUUAUAAAAAUAAUAAAACAGAUGAGAAAUAUUCAAAUCCAAAAAAUAUAUAUCCAAUUAAACAAUCAUGUAGUGAUAGUAAUCAUUAUAUAUUACAAAAGAUUAUGAAAAAUAAGAGAGAAAAAAGUUGUAAUAAUAAUGAAGAAAAUAAUUUCUCAUUUAAUGAUAUUUUAUAUGACAAACGUUCAAAUAAUUAUGAUAAUAGUAUUAGUAUGUCCUAUAAUAAAUGUUUUCAUAAAAAUAUAAAAAAUAUUACGAAUUCGAUUACUAAAAAUUAUUUGUAUUAUAAUAAUAAUAAUAAUAAAUAUGGAAAAAGAAAUGAAACCUUUGAACAUAUAUCAAAUAAUAAUUAUGGGAAUCAUAAAAAAAAUGAAAAUAUAUUAAUGCCAUCUCAGUCUAAGAAUUUUUCUUGCUUAUCUUAUAAUAAGGAAAAUAAUUCAUUUCCCAUUAUAUGUAAUGGAAAUAAUGUUGAUGAAAAUAAAUUAAAAAAUAGUUGUGUAGGAAAUAUGAUUAAAUAUAAGGAACCUAAAAAUAAUUUAAAAUAUCCAAUGAAUAUAUAUAAUAAAUUAUUUAAUAAGGAUAGACAAAAUAUAGAUAUAUCACCAGAACAAACAUUAAAUCUUGUUAAAAGUAUACAAAGAGAAAGUAUGUUAAACAAAGCUAAAGAAAUUAAUUUAUUUAAUGAACGUAAUAACAAUAAGAUAGGUUGUACAUAUGAUAAUACGAAUAACACAGCAAUAUCUGAUUUUAAUAAGGACAAAAUUAUUAUAAAUAAUAUUGAUAUACAAAAGAAUAAUUUUUGUAAUAUGAACUGUUUAAAAAAAAAUAGUAAUGAUUUAAUUAAUAAAAAUAUAAAAUUUAAUAAUAAUAAAAUGGAGAAAUGUAUGGAUAUUUUUGAAAAAUUUCAAAUAAAAAAUAAGGAUAAAUAUGCACACAUUUUUAAUGUUCAUGUAGAUAACAAAAAAUGUAGUAAUAAUGCUGAUUAUUUUAAAAGAACACAUUUAUACAAAUUUAAUAAUAUAUUAUCAAAUAAUAAUAUUAACAAUACAUUAAAUAUACAUAAUAUAGAAUAUAAUAAAUGUAAUAAUAUAAAAAAGGAAGGAGAAAAUAAUAUACUAGAUAAUGUUCCAAAUGAUGAUAUGAAGAUAUCCAAAAAAAAGAAAAAUGAAAAAUCUCAAUUAAUGAUUAAUUUAAAUAAUUUCAAUCAAAAUUAUAUUAAAGAAUUAUUAAUUCAAAAAAUGUAUUAUCAAAAGGAAUUUUAUAAUAAUAAUGAUUUCAUUCAUAAAUAUAAUGAUAAUCAUACAUUAAAAGAUAAUAUAUAUUUAGAGAAAUGUAAAUAUGACACUAAUAAAUCUGGUGUAUAUAAUAAUUCUUAUUCUUCAUAUAAUUCAUUAAAAAUUAAUUUGUUUUUUUUAUUUGAUGAUAUGUAUGACAAAUUUUUUAUAGAAAAUUAUCAAGAUCGUGAGAAAAUGCUCAACAUUUUAAGUAUCAAUAAAUCCGUAUGCUACAACCAGUUGUCUAUAUUUUAUAAAAAGAAAAUAUUUUUUCAAUAUAAAGGAGCAAAAUAUUUACAUAAUAAUUACAACAUGAAUGUAUCAUAUAAUGCUUAUAAUUUAUAUAUAAGUCAAAAUGUGAUUCAGCACAAAAAUUACUACAAUUCGGAUAUAAAUAAAAAUAUAUGUGAAAAUUUAAAUAUAUAUAAAAUUAAAAAUGAAACAAAAAAUGACCUUGAUAAUAAAUAUAAAAGUAAGGAUAAUGAUAAAAAUAAAACAGAAAAUUGUAAUAAAAGUAUUUAUAAUAAUAUUUAUAAUGAAUACAAUAAUGAUAAUAAUGAUAAUUAUAAUAAUAAUGAUAAUAUCGUCAAUUGUGAUAAUAACCUAUAUGGUCUUAACCAUAAUGAAGAGCUUAACGAAUUUAUAUUAAACCAUCAUAAAAAAUGGAAUGAUAAAAACAAAAACAUUUUGGAAUUAUCUUAUCAUAAGGAUUUUAUGGAUAAUAAAAUAGAAAAGAAUAUCAAAGAAAUAAAACAUAUCAAUAAAUAUUAUAUGAAAGAAGAAAUGAACUAUUUUAAGAAAGCCAUAAAAGAAAUGAAAAGGUUAAAAAAAAUUAUGUGUAAUAUUCUAAAAUCUCAAAGUAAUAAUUAUCUAAAUUUGAAUAUAGAUGAAAAGUUAUUAUAUAAUAUGCAAAAUGAUGAUGAUCUAUCAUUCGAAUCGUAUCUAAAAGAUGACAGUGAUGAUAUUGAUCAUUAUGGUAAUGUUUAUAAUCGUGAAGACGAUUAUAUUAUUAACCUUAAUACAAAUAAUAAUUACAAUGUGUAUAAAACCCCUCGUUUGGAUAAAAUAAGAAAAAAUCAUAAAUAUAAUUCUCAUCCACAAAUUGAAAAAGAAAUAUUAAAUAAUAGCAAUCAAUUUAACAUAAAUGAAAAUUAUAAAAAAUGUAAUAUAACUGAUGAUGAUAAGGCUUCCAAAAUUCAUAUGAAGAAAAAUGGUACAUCUUCAAAUAUGUUACAUUUAAUUAAUAGAAAAAACGAAAAUGAUCAGAAAAAACUCAUUGAUCAUAAUAGUGAAUAUAAUAGUGAUUAUUCUUUUGAUAGUGAUAAUGUAAGCAAGUUAAUAAAUAUUGUGUUCGAAAAUAAAAACGAAAUGAAUAAGAAUGCACUUAAAAUAGAUCAACCUAUGGACAACAUUAUUAAUGAUAAGCAUGAAGAAAUUAAAAUAAAUAUAGAGGGUGAUAAAAAUAAACAAAGAGAUGAUAAAAAUAAUCAAAGGGAUGAUAAAAAUAAACAAAGGGAUGAUAAAAAUAAACAAAGGGAUGAUAAAAAUAAACAAAGGGAUGAUAAAAAUAAACAAAGGGAUGAUAAAAAUAAACAAAGGGAUGAUAAAAAUAAACAAAGGGAUGAUAAAAAUAAACAAAGGGAUGAUAAAAAUAAUCAAAGGGAUGAUAUUCAUAAUACAUCAAGAGAACCUUUAGGAACAUUCGAAUUUGAAGUGAAUAUAAAAAAUAAUGAGGAGGAGUAUAGAGAAACCUUUAAAUAUAUUUAUGAAAAAAUUACUAAUAUAAGGAAUAAUAUGUGGAAUGAAGAUAUGGAUAAUAUGCAAAAUAAUGAAAUGAAACAAAAUUUAUUAAUAUAUAAAAGUAGAAAUGAUAACAUUUCGCCUGUAUACGAACAAAAUAUAAAUAAUAAUGUAAACAUGUUAGAUACCGAAAAAGAGGAAGAUAUAAAAGACAAACUAAAAAAUCAUGAUAUAGCUAAAGAAGAAAAUGUAAAUGGAGAUAAUGAUGUAAAAAAAUGUAAUGAUGAUAUAUAUUAUUUUAAUAUUUAUACAAACGUAUGGGAAAAUGUUGAUCUAAACGUUAGUCAAAAAUUAUUAACAAGUUUAAAAAUGAAAAAGGAUAUUAUAAAAAAAUAUUAUAAAAAUGAUCAUGAAUAUGAAAAUUUUAUAACCUUUAGUGAAUGGAAUGCCUACAAUUUAAUGAUAUCAAAAAUAUAUAAAGCAUUAGAUAUGAAAAAGUUUGAAUAUUAUCAGAGAAGAGUUUAUGAUACCGACAUAUUUAAACGUGAUUUUAAAAAAAGAUGCGCAUAUGAUUUUGGAAUGAAAAUUAUAGGAAAACCACGUUCAAGGAGAAAGACAAAAAGGUGGAAUAUUGAAGAAGAAGAUAAGUUAUAUGAAGAUGAGGUAUAUUCAAAGAAUUCGGAAGACUAUUCUGAUUUUAAUUAUGAUGAAUAUGUUGAGGGAGAUGAAGACGAAUAUGAAGAGAAGGAACAUAAUCAAGAUAAAGAAAAUGAUGAACAUGAAAUUGGAGGCAAUAAAUAUGAUGAAGAUCAAGAUCAAAAUAAAGAAGAACAAAAAGAAGAACAAGAAAGUGAGGAUCAGAAUGAAGAUGAGGAUUAUGAGGAAGAUGAGGAUGAUGAGGAAGAUGAUGAAGAAGAUGAGAAUGAUGAUGAUGAAAAUGAUGAUGAUGAGGAGGAAGAAUAUGAUCACGAAGAAGAUGAUCACGGAGAAGAUGAUCACGAAGAUGACGAUAACGAAGAUGAUGUAGAUCAAAAAUGUCUUUAUGAAGAACAUAUAGAACAAGAGAAAGAAAAAGAAGUACCAGAAAAGAAGGAUGAAGAAAAAUGUAGAUAUGUAAAAAAGGAAAGUUGUGAACAUAAUAAUGAUGGUUCCAAAAAAUAUAAUGAAGUUGUUUGUAAAAACGAAAAUGCCAACAAUCCGAAAUACACUGUUGGUCAAGGUGAAGGUAAUAAAAUGAAAGAGUGCAGCGAUCUAAAAAAUACAUUAAGUUCCAUUGAGGAUGAAGAAAAAUUCGAAGAACGGGAACCGAAAAGAAGCGAGCGUUUAUAUUUAAGACGAAAACGAGCUAGCAGCAUACUAAGCAAUAAUUCAACUGAAAACAGUGUUAACAAAAUUGUUACUAGACAAUAUAAAAAAUUAAAAGAGAGUGAAAAAGCUGAGGAAGAUAUGAAAAGUGUUUAUUUAGGAACACGAUCAAAUAAAACAAAUAAUAAUAAAAAAACACAUAUAUUUAAAAAGCGAAUAAGUAGAAAAAAAACUUCGAAUACAUUAACAUUUAAAAAACCAUAUAUAUAUGAAUUAAUUCAAUUACCAGAUUAUGUAACACAUAACGAAUUGAUAAGUAGUAAGAAUGAAAGUCUUCCAACAUAUAUAUUACAAUAUGAACAGUUAAGAAAAAAUGAAUGUGUAUAUUUUAAUAUACAAAAUCAUUACAACAGUUUUGUAAAUAAUGUAUAUCAUUUUGCUAUAAGUUAUGAACAGUCACUGAAACAUAAUGAAUAUCUGAACAAUGCAUUAAAUAAUGUAAAAUCAAGAUUUUAUAUUAAACGAAUAUGUCUUAAAAAUAAUAAAACAAUGGAAAAUAAUAAUAUAUAUGAUAUAUGUAGUACAUAUUAUAAUUAUCUAUAUACAUAUGAUCCAAAUAAUAGUACAUAUAUAUUACAAACAUCUAAUAGAAACAAUACAAUAGCAAGUUUAGAUAAAGGACUUAAUUAUGAAGAAUAUUAUAGUAACUAUGUAAAUGAUUAUUUACAAAGUCAAUUAUUAAAAAAGAAAAGAAAUAGAACAAAAAGUAAAGAAAAUAAUAAAUGUACAUCAGAUAUAUUAUUGUCCACUGAAAAUGAUAAUCCUUUAGAUAUAUCCAAUGAAUAUAUUGUCACAAGAAAAAUGUCCUCCAAAUAUUAUGAUAAUAGUCCAUUUUUAAAUGAGGAUUAUUUAGGUAUAAAAUCUAUGGAAUAUAAACAUAAUACAUCUAUAAUUAAUGAUAGUAAUUUUGGAGACAAGAAUAAUUAUGUUGAUUAUACUACAUCCUAUAUGGAUGGUAACAAUGAAAUCGCUUGUAAUUAUAAUUAUCUAAAUUAUUAUAAUAAUAAAAACCAUCAAACGAAAGCACAAAAUGAUAUAUCCUUCAGUGAAAAAACAUUAGAAGAGGGAGAUGAUGAACUACAACAAUAA